UACACCUUCAUCUCAUCAAUGGAGCAUUCCUCCCACCUAUCCCACAAACCCCUCUUUCACAACUCCAACCACACCUUCAUUUCCAUCCUUUCCAUGGGAACUUUUCUCACCCUAUUACACAAAUCCAUAUGUUCCAUCAUCAUCACCAAAUUUAUAUCCAAAUCAUGGAUAUUCACCACAUAUUCUUUACACCCCUUAUUCAAUGACCCAUCAUUCAUACUACUACACUGAUUGUCACCAACAACUAAAACCAUCAAACACCUACACAUUUGGUGAUAAAUAUCAAAGCCACCCUAGUAGUAGAAGAGAUUGUAAGAAGCAACUGCAAGUCUCUCUUCCUUAUUUUAAGAAAAUAUCUAAGAAAAAUUCUCAAAAACCUUCUGAUUCAAAAAAUAAGCAAAAACAAAAGUUUCAAAAAGUGUCUCAUUCUGGUUUUAAGAAACGAUUUUUCCAAAACAAUGGUAAAACCCUUUCUCGGUUGUUUUCUCGAAACCAAGAAAAAAUGGCGUCCGAUUCAAGUCUUCGCAACAGGUCGAGCGAUUCCUUGAGAAAUUUUGCUUCUGCGGGUCAAGUGAUCAGAAAAAUCCAACCGGUUCAUCGCGCCGCUCUCUCCGCCGCCGUCAACAGGUUCGACGAUUCCUUUGUUCCUAGGUCCAACUUUUCUUCCGUAGCUGUCAAAAUCAAGCCUUCCUCCAAUGAGAAAUCAACGGUGAAGACUAGGGCUUGUCCUGUUUCGCCAUCUCCGAGAAGUCCUGGGGCAGGUUCCGUUGAGCAGGCUGAGACGGUGGAAGCUAUCGGUGCUGGUCAGUUAGCCGACGAAUUCCUACAAGGAAGCAACGGCGAAGCCGACAACGAAGAGAAAGCUUCAGUUUUGGAAUCUUGUUCGGAGUUGGAUUCUGAUUCGGAUAAUGAAGAUGAUGAUAUUGAGAAGAAAGCUAUGGAAGAAACAAGGGAGCGAGAGAACGAGGAUGUCGAAGCUGAAAUUGUUGACGGUAAGCCUAUUAUUUAUGAUCUUAAGUACUUUUUGAAAUUGUGGGGAGAGAAUUUGGAUUAUAAAAAGGGUAGAGCGAUUGAUGGGAUGUUGAUAGUGAAUGGGUUUGAUUCCAAUUUGUUUACUAUGGCUUCUGUUGUUAAAUGGUAUGUGAAUUAUGGGAAGAUAGAUGAUGCAUUUAAGAUGUUUGAUACAAUGCCACAUACGGAUUUGAUUGAGGUUUUGGCUAAGGUGAAUCGGAUUUUGGAGAUUUUGAUGAGGAAGGAGAAUUUGGGUCAGUUUGAUGGGAAAGUUUUGACAGAGAAGUUGCGGAAACUCAACAAUUCGCAACAAAGCAUUGAAUAUGUAUCCCGAUUGUGUGUUUCUCACCGGAAUAGAGCAAAAUAUAUUGUCGAAACAUGGAAUAAAUUGUUCAGUUCUUCCCAGAAAGAUCAGCGUGUCCCUUUUCUGAACUUGGCUAAUGACAUCAUACAAACUAGUAAGCGCAAAGGCAACGAGUCCGUUAAUGAAUUCUGGAACGUUCUUCCAUCAGCUCUCAAGAGUGCUUAUGCAAGUGAUGAGUCAGGAAAGAAUUCAGUAAUCAGGCUUAUUUACAUUUGGGAGGAGGGAAAGAUUUUUGGUUCACGGUCCCAGGGUCUCAAGGGUGAAAUAAUGAGCAAGAUCCCCCUUCCAUCAUCUAUAAGCAAUAGAAAGAAUUCGGAUUCAAAUCCUAUCAAGAUAGCUAAGAGGGACGCCCAAUCAUUGAGAUUAAAACUAGCUAUCGGAUCUUUGCCAAAAAAAAUAAUAACAGCCUUGCAUUCUGAACUUCCUAAUGAAGAAGCUGUCCUGAACAAGUGUAAUGAUGUUGUAUGUCAAGUGGACUGUGAGUUAGAAAAUGGACUGUUGGAGGCAGUUGUUGUUCUUAUUCCUAUAAAGCUUUCUUGUCAAAUGUUUGAUAGAAUGACUCAACAAAUUUUGGGGCUGGGGAAUUCAAUUAUUGAUAGUUUUACUCAAAAUGAAUUUGUGGAUGAGGUUCUGAGUUCUCUAUUUUUGAUGAGGAAAGAAGAGUUUGAGCCAAAUGGAGUUCUUUCUAUUGAAAAUAUACAUGAAGAAGUUGUUGCUUUAAUUCCAAUAAUUGAUUUUUGGUUUGAAAAUAGUCCUAUGAACAACACUGAUUCAAUUGUGGUCCUAGCUGCUCAGUCCCUGACAAAAAUUAAGAGUGAAAAUUUGCAGUCACAAGUUGGAAUUGUUGUUAUUCAAGGUGGUUGUUCAAAGAAAAACAUGUUCAACAUUGGAAUAUCAUCAAUGCCACUUGCCAAAUCCUAUGAUCAUGAAGACAAUGCCACUGUUAGGGGGAUUUGUAACAUAAUGAUCAAUGCAUUUAAUAUUUCUAGAUCAUAUGUUUAUUCAAGAAAAUAUGGAUUGUCUAGAAUUACCAUUCAAGAUAAUAACAAAGUGCAGUCACUUAAUAAUGUUCCAAAGCAGCAUGUUAAUUGGGUAGCUAGGGGAGGAUUUUUCAACAAAUCAAUUUCCAUUCCUUUGGGGCUGUUUCUGAUAAUGCAGGAAAAUGGCUUAGUGAGCUUCUCUACGGGAUAUGAGUUUGCAGCUAGAUUAAGACCAAUAGAGAAGUUUCUAAGCAAAUUCGAAGGCAAAUACACUUUCAUAGGUAUGAAGGUUGCUAACUAUAGAAACAGGGGCUGGGAUUCUGUUGUAAGUGUGGUUGCACAUGUCUACACUAACAGAGUUUUUCUCUUCAUACCAUGGGAUCCAGGGAAGAUUUUACAACCUUGA